AUGACGGUCAUGGAAUGCGUUGGAUGUACACUAAUUGCAUAUGGUGUACCGUUUUCAAUGUUUGUGUUUACCAUAGCACAUCAUCCAUUUCGGAUCAUUAUUUCUAUGACAAGUGCGUUCUUUUGGCUUCUAUCUUUACUUGUCUCGUCGUUACUCUGGUUUGCUGUGGUACCAUUACGAGAUAAGUUGGCUUUUGCUGUACCAUUUGCAGUGGUAUUUCAAGAAAUUUUUCGAUAUUUGUUCUAUCGUGUUAUUAAAAAAGCAGAAAUCGCUUUACAAAAAGUACAAAUGCAGGAAUUAACAGCGAAAGGAAUGGUAUUCGAUCGAUUUGCUGUUGCUUAUGCGGCUGGUUACGGAUUUGGAUUGAUUAGCGGAACAUUUGCGAUUGUUAAUGUUCUCAGCGAUAUGAUUGGUCCAGGAACAAUUGGUAUUUUUGGACACUCUCAAGACUUUUUUAUAGCUACAGCUUUUCUUACUUUGUGUAUCAUCCUGUUAAAUACAUUUUGGGGUGUGAUUUUCUUUACUUCACUCGACAAAGGCGGUAUUCAUCGAAUUCUCGGUCCGGGAAUCGUUCUUUUGACGCACAUGCUGUUCUCUUGCAUCACGCUAUUCAAUCAAACGAAGACACCCAUUUACUCAAUAUCGCUCGUUGUUGGUUAUGUUCUCUUGUUUGGUAUGAUGCUCUAUACGUUUUUCUUGCGUGGCUUUAAACUGACUUCACUUCGUCGAAGAACAAAUCAAGAAUAA